GUGCGUGACCCUUUGUCCCCCUUCCAAGAUGGCUGCGUCCAUAAUGCGGCGCUUGUGGCCUCUGGUGGCUGCUCGGGGCUUGCGGCUCCGGGGAGGCUGCGUUUGCAACCAGAGCCCAAGGAGAAGUUUCGCUACGGAGAGACGAGACCGGAACCUCCUGUACGAGCACGCGCGUGAGGGCUACAGCGCGCUCCCUCAGCUGGACAUGGAGCCGCUGUGCGCAUACCCGGAAGAGGCCGCGCGCGCCCUGGAGCUCCGCAAGGGGGAGCUGCGGCCGGAGGAUCUGCCCGCGAUCAUCUCAACAUGGCAGGAGCUGAGGCAGCAGCGGGAGCAGAUCCGGAGCCUGGAGGAGGAGAAGGGGGCCGUGGCUGAGGCAGUGCAGGCCCUGCUGGUAAACCAGGACCACAGUCAAGUGCAGCAGGACCCCCAGUAUCAGAGUCUGCGGGCACGUGGCCGGGAGAUCCGGAAGCAACUCAUGCUCCUGUACCCCAAGGAGGCCCAACUCGAGGAGCAGUUCUACCUGCGGGCGCUGAGGCUGCCCAACCAGACCCACCCAGACGUGCCCGUCGGGGACGAAAGCCAGGCCCGAGUGCUCCAUGUGGUUGGAGACAAGCCAGCCUUCUCCUUCCAACCCCGGGGCCACCUGGAAAUAGCUGAGAAACUCGACAUCAUCCGUCAGAAGCGUCUGUCCCACGUGUCUGGCCACCGCUCCUAUUACCUGCGUGGGGCUGGGGCCCUCCUGCAGCACGGCCUGGUCAACUUCACACUCAACAAGCUCAUCCACCGGGGCUUCACCCCCAUGACGGUGCCAGACCUUCUCCGAGGAGCUGUGUUUGAAGGCUGUGGGAUGACACCAAAUGCCAAACCAUCCCAAAUUUACAACAUCGACCCCUCGCGCUUUGAAGACCUCAACCUGGCCGGGACAGCAGAGGUGGGACUUGCAGGCUACUUCAUGGACCACUCUGUGGCCUUCAGGGAUCUGCCAAUCAGGAUGGUUUGUUCCAGUACCUGCUACCGGGCGGAAACAGACACGGGGAAGGAGCCGUGGGGGCUGUAUCGAGUACACCACUUCACCAAGGUGGAGAUGUUUGGGGUGACAGGCCCUGGGCUGGAGCAGAGCUCGCAGCUGCUGGAGGAGUUCCUGUCCCUUCAGAUGGAGAUCUUGACAGAGCUGGGCUUGCACUUCCGGGUCCUGGACAUGCCCACCCAGGAGCUGGGCCUGCCCGCCUACCGCAAGUUUGACAUCGAGGCCUGGAUGCCGGGCCGAGGCCGCUUUGGCGAGGUCACCAGUGCUUCCAACUGCACGGACUUCCAGAGCCGCCGCCUCCACGUCAUGGUCCAGACGGAGGCCGGGGAGCUGCAGUUCGCCCACACGGUGAACGCCACAGCCUGUGCUGUCCCCCGCCUCCUCAUUGCACUCCUGGAGAGCAAUCAGCAAAAGGACGGCUCGGUGCUCGUGCCCCCUGUCCUCCAGCCCUACCUCAGCACCGAUCGGAUCACGACCCCCACCCACGUGCCUCUCCAGUACAUCGGCCCCAACCAGCCCCAGAAGCCCAGGCUCCCGGGCCAGCCUGCCUCGAGCUGAGGACUCAUCCUCGUUGGCCAGCCUUAGCCCAGAUGUCACCUCCUCCGAGAGGACUUCCCUGACCAGCGUGGCCAAAGUAAACACCCCAGCACUCAGCAUCUAUGCCGCUGUGCUGUGCUGCGCCGCAGCCUCCUUCCUUGAGUGUUGUCUUUCCCCAUUCUCAGAUGUCUGCUCCAAGAGGCCAGGGAAGUUUGCCAGUAGCCCCAUUCAUUGUUGUAGCACCAGGGUCUAGAAGAGGACUGGGCAUGUAAUGGGUGCUCAACAAAAAUGACUGGGAUGAAGGAGCUCGGACCUGUGUAGUUCGCAGUGCCAAGCACUGCCCAAGCUAACAUGUGCAUUAACUGAUUUAAUCUUCCCCAUCAAGCUGUGGAGUAGGUUGUCACCAGCCCUAUUUCACAAGUGAGGAACAGGUCUUAGAUUAAGCAGUUGUCCCAGGGCUGCACAGCUGGUAGUGGAGGAGCUGGGACUCAGGUGGGGCCCAGAUACAGCUCUGAGGAAGUAGAUUUAUGAGACCCACUUUCCAGAGGAGAAAAUGGGCCAAGGAAAGGAAGGAGUUGCCUAAGGUUGGUCUGUAAGUGGCUGCCUCUGGAUUCAAACCCAGGUCCCGCCUCCCAGUGGGGCCUUAAGCUCAUCAGACCCUGUUUCCCUGGGCAGAGAAUCCCCACCCCCACCCCCGCGCUGGAGCUCAGGGGCUGGAAGCUGGAGGGGAGGGUGCAGGGAGUGGGCCCCCAUGAAUAAUUGAGGGCCUCAGGCGGGUCUCCGCCCCGCAGCUGUUGCCCUCCAUCUGGCGGGGAGCGGGUGGUGGUGACGUCACUUCCUCCCGUGGGGGCCACCGGGGGCGCGGGUUAUAAGGAGCUGCCUCCCCGGCCGCACGGUGCGAGGACCCUGGUCCGGACGCCCCGCCAUGCAGCGCCGCGAGCCCACCGUGCCGCUCUUGCUACUGCUGCUGCCUCCUCUGCUGGCGCUGCUGCUCGGGGCGGGUGAGCGCCUGAGACCAGGGCGACCCCCCCGGCCAGCCUGGGGAGCGGGGGACUCGGGUGACCGGGGGCGGGGAUGGCGCACCCAGCGGGGCCAGACUAGAGCUUUCACGGGCUGAGCUUCCAGGUGGAGACGGCGCACCUGGCAGGGGGGCUGGGGGAGGGGACUUGUGGGUACCGGGACGACCUCGGAGCUGGAAUCAGCACCCGGGACAGCGCCCGGAGUGCGAGCCCAGCACCCCCGUCCUUCCUCCACAGCCACCGUGGCUCCCCUGGCACCGCGACCCUCCAAGGAGGAG